CGAGAAACAGGAAGUGCUCGGUGUUUACCAAGACGAGGAGAAGAUGGAAACGAUUGUGGGUGACGGAGCCUCGCGGGCUGGGACGAUGGUUUCUGACACUUCAGACAGUCCGCUGACAGCAGAAGAGGUUGCUGCCCAAAAGAGAGAAGAACGGCUUAGAAAAUUCCGAGAGCUUCAUUUGAAAAGGCAUGAAGCCCGCAAGUUAAAUCAUCAGGAAGUUGUGGAGGAGGAUAAAAGGUUGAAGUUACCAGCCAACUGGGAAGCAAAAAAGGCUCGGUUAGAAUGGGAACUGAAAGUGGAAGAAAAGAAAAAGGAAUGUAUGGUGAAAGGGGAAGAUUAUGAGAGAGUGAAGCUGCUAGAAAUUAGUGCAGAAGAUGCAGAACGCUUUGAGAGGAAGAAGAAGAAGAAAAAUCCUGAUCUUGGAUUUUCAGACUACGCUGCUGCUCAAUUACGCCAAUAUCAGCGGCUGACCAAGCAAAUUAAACCUGAUCUGGAGAAGUAUGAAAAGUUAAGAGAAGAAAGUGGUGAAGAUUUCUUUCCAACUUCAAAUAGUUUACUUCAUGGAACUCAUGUGCCCUCCAGAGAAGGAGUUGAUAAAAUGGUUUCAGAUGUUGAAAAACAAAUUCAAAAACGUGAAAAAUACAGCCGGAGACGCUCUUACAAUGAUGAUGCAGAUAUUGACUACAUUAAUGAGCGGAAUGCCAAGUUCAAUAAAAAGGCAGAGAGAUUCUACGGGAAAUACACUGCAGAAAUUAAACAGAAUUUGGAAAGAGGAACAGCAGUGUAGACUGAAAAGUUCAGGAGUCUGGCUUCUCUAAGACCUUUAUGUGUAAAAUAUGCUUUGCAAAGAGAAAGUUAAAACAUGUUCUAAUACUAGAAUGAAACUUGUCCAAGAAUAUUACUACUCUAUCAAAGAAGAGUAUGUUAGAAAACAGUAACAAUUAUGUAAUUGUAGAAAACCAAACUAUUUGAAGUUAUGGUUGGUGAGCCCGUUAUUUCAUGAAGAUGAGAAUCUUAAAUCACAAAUUCCGAUGUUUCUUUUAAUGUUCCUGAAUUUUAUUUGAAAGCCAUCGCCUUUGUGUUAGUUGAUAUGUUAAUUUUCGUGGUUUGAUUAAACUAGGAGCCAUAGUGUAUAAAACUGUUUUUAAAAUGCUCUUGGUAUUUUCUGCCUGCUUAAGUGAGCAUCUGGUUUACAACAGAGUUAGUGGAGACCCCCAAAAAGUAAUGGAAUACAAGCAGAUAUGCAAAACAGGUCCAAGUGGUCUUGACUUUUGUACACCAAGAAAAGCUGUCUUAGAAAGCUCUCUAAAAGUUAGAUAUUAUUUAUCUUUAGAAAUGUGUGUGAUAUUGUUCAUAGAGGUAGUCCUUGACUCGCGCCCACUUGUUCAGGGAUCUCGUACUCCAUAGCACCCCUCCCAUUCACCCAUGUUUCCCAGCGCCCACCUGCUGCCCUUGUACAGCCUACCUGCACUCCCCAGCGCCUGCCCAGUGGCCACCCCCCCCCGUGAUCCUUAUCUGGGACUCCCACCUCUUCCCACUUAACGACCCAUACAAUCCUGGGGUUACAGCAGCAACGGGGACUGCCAUCACCAAGCGAUGCAGUCAUGUGAUGUCACACUUUAUGACUGCAUCGCUUAGCAAUGGCAGUUCCAGUCCCAGUUGCCGUCAUAACCCGAGGACUACCUGUACAGUGAAAGAGGUUUAAUCAAAGGAUACCACAAUGGGGACAACUUUAUUAUUCUGUUACAUCAAAGUCAGGUGUACCCAAAUAGAGUCAACUGUGACUGGGCGUAGUGGUGGUGAUGAGAUAGCCUACUUAGCUUAGCUACAGCCAUGAUGUUUUCCCAGAUUCUUGCCUGUUCAGCUAGUUUAACUGUUCAACUAGUUUAGCUGAACUAAUUGGGGUGAGAAAGAGGGCUAGGAGAGACCCUUGUAGCUUAGAGUUAUGAAGAGGUUAUAGAUAAUAGAAUACGUGGGACUGAAAUGGGAGGAAACGGUUAUGAUUCCCUGUGCAGCUGGAAUUUGAAAACAGAUCCUACGUUUGUUCACUGAUUCUGCCUAUUAUUGAGCAAGAUAACUAGAAACCAAGGAUGUGUAAGAAAGAGAUAAGCUGAGAUCAAGCUAAUUAUAAGUGCUUUGUAAGCAGAUUCCUAUUAAAUGUUAAGGUGAGGAGAACAGUAUAUUUAACUUGGCUGUGAUGAAUGACCUAAUACGUUACUACUUUUUUAGUUUUGUGUCUUUGUAAGAACCCACCCUGUAUUUUGUAAGGACUGUAUAAAAGCAACUCACCUAAAAGGGGGGGGGGGGGCUGCACCUGCUUUGGAGUUUAUUCCCAAGCGUCCUUUCUCUGUACAGAAUAAAGCUUUUAUAA